CGCGAGAGGCUCCGCAGGCCGCCCCGCUGAGGCACUCGGCGGAGGGAAGUGGCGCAGCAUGAUGCGGCUGUGGCGCUCGGCGCUGCUGCGGGAGCUGCUGCUGCUCGGCCCGCCGGGGGCAGCCGGCGGGGGCGGCCCGGGGCCCGGCGCUAGCCCCAGGCGCCUCCCGCCGCCGCUGGCCGCCUUCGGGGCCAGCCCGCCCGCCUCCCGCCGCGGUCCGGGGCUGCCGGCGGCGCGGGGUUUGUGCACUCGCUCUGAGGGAGCCUUGGAGGAGCCGGGGAAGGGGGCGCCGCCGCCGCCCGGCGAGCCCCCCGCCGACAGCGGCCACACCAAUAACCACGGCGGCGGCAAGGAGCUGGCCGGAGGCGGCGGCGGCGGGGGGGAGAAUAAAAUGAAGCAAGGUCUCCUUCCUAGCUUAGAAGAUCUACUUUUCUAUACCAUUGCAGAAGGACAAGAAAAAAUACCAGUUCAUAAAUUCAUAACUGCACUCAAAUCUACAGGAUUACGUACAUCUGAUCCCCGAUUGAAAGAGUGUAUGGAUAUGUUAAGACUGACCCUUCAAACAACUUCAGAUGGUGUUAUGCUGGACAAAGACCUUUUUAAAAAGUGUGUACAAAGUAAUAUUGUGUUGCUUACUCAAGCUUUCAGGAGGAAGUUUGUCAUUCCAGAUUUUAUGUCAUUUACUUCACAUAUUGAUGAGUUGUAUGAAAGUGCUAAAAAACAAUCUGGAGGAAAGGUUGCUGACUAUAUUCCACAGCUGGCCAAGUUCAGCCCUGAUUUGUGGGGUGUGUCACUUUGCACAGUGGAUGGACAGAGGCAUUCUGUUGGCGACACCAAAGUUCCAUUUUGUCUUCAGUCCUGUGUAAAGCCUUUGAAAUAUGCUAUUGCUGUUAACGAUCUUGGCACAGAGUAUGUGCACAGAUAUGUUGGUAAAGAGCCUAGUGGACUGAGAUUCAACAAACUGUUCCUGAAUGAAGAUGACAGGCCUCAUAACCCUAUGGUGAAUGCUGGAGCAAUUGUGAUCACGUCUUUAAUCAAGCAAGGAGCAAAUAAUGCAGAAAAAUUUGACUACGUGAUGCAAUUCAUGAAUAAAAUGGCUGGUAAUGAGUAUGUUGGAUUCAGUAAUGCUACGUUCCAGUCUGAAAGAGAGAGUGGAGAUAGAAACUUUGCAAUCGGCUAUUACCUGAAAGAAAAAAAGUGCUUUCCUGAAGGCACGGAUAUGGUUGCUAUACUAGACUUCUAUUUUCAGCUUUGCUCAAUAGAAGUAACAUGUGAAUCAGCAAGUGUGAUGGCAGCAACUUUGGCUAACGGUGGCUUUUGCCCGAUCACUGGUGAGAGAGUCCUGAGUCCUGAAGCAGUCCGGAAUACCCUGAGUUUAAUGCAUUCCUGUGGCAUGUAUGACUUUUCAGGGCAGUUUGCCUUCCAUGUUGGUCUUCCUGCAAAGUCUGGAGUUGCUGGUGGGAUUCUUCUGGUUGUUCCUAAUGUCAUGGGAUUGAUGUGCUGGUCACCUCCUUUGGACAAGAUGGGCAACAGCGUUAAAGGAAUUCACUUUUGUCACGAUCUGGUUUCUCUGUGCAAUUUCCAUAACUACGAUAAUUUGAGACACUUUGCAAAAAAGCUUGAUCCUCGCAGAGAAGGUGGUGAUCAGCGGGUGAAGUCUGUGAUAAAUCUGCUGUUUGCUGCUUACACGGGGGACGUGUCUGCACUCCGGAGAUUUGCUCUGUCAGGAAUGGAUAUGGAACAAAGAGACUAUGACUCACGAACAGCCCUGCAUGUGGCAGCUGCAGAAGGCCAUGUGGAUGUUGUUAAAUUUCUGCUGGAAGCGUGCAAAGUGAAUCCGUUCCCCAAAGACAGGUGGAAUAACACUCCUAUGGACGAAGCUUUACAUUUUGGACACCACGAUGUAUUCAAAAUUCUCCAAGAAUAUCAGGUCCAAUACACGCCCUCAGAGGAUUGCAACAACGGGAAGGAGAACCGAACGGUCCAUAAAAACCUAGAUGGCUUACUAUAAUCAUCUUCAGCUAGAUCCUAAGAAUCCAAUCACCUAUUUAAUUGUGGUAUACAUAAGUAAUGAAGAGCGUGUGUGUUUCUAUCUGAUAGUGGUAUAUAUUUUACAGAAGUCUCUGUUACUUCAGUGUUAUGUUACAGGAGUUUCUAUACGCACAGGACAAACCCAAUUUCUCUCGAAACAAAACCAACUAAGAAUCUCCCUCCAUAAUGUGAGCAAUAUUACCUCAUGCUGCAUAUAAUUGAUGUAUAAAAAUAUUUAGCUGUUGUUGGCUUUACUGUGCACUACUUAAUUUAUUUUUGUGUUCUGUGUGAACUCUAGUCCGUGGUCAGGAAUUUUUCUGCUGAAUUUUUUGUUUCUGUAGCCCUCUGUUUCCAGUAUGGCCAAGGUGAGCCAGAGUACUGUCGGGUAUGAGCGUCAGUGAGGUUUUUUUUUUUUUUUUUCAAAAGCUGAGGAUGCUGAUGUAGAUUUAGGCUGGGUGUGUUAAGGAUCUGCACUUACCUUGGGGAAAAAAAUAAACAAAAGAGAUUUCCACACAACCUUGUUUACAUAAUAUAAAUAUCAAGAGUAUAUAGGUGACAGUUGUCAGUGCUCUAGGCUUGUUCUUAGAGAUAGUCUUGUCAGGGAAUCUGUUUUAAGGUUUAUUUGACCAAAAUGGCACAGGGGAAUGUGACUUGUAACAUCAGACAGUGUCUAGUGGGGUUUUUUGUUUUUGUUCUGGGAGAGUUUCUUAUAGUUCCCUCUGCCUCCCUCCUCUCUCUGCACACCCAGCUGCUAAAGUGCUUCCCCUGCAGCCGGGGAAGGCGGGUGCGUCCGCUCCGUUCGCCCUGCGGCAAGGCCGGCGAGCUGCGGAGCCCUCCUGGGCUGCGAACCGGCGAGGGCAGCGGAAGUAGGGAAGGGCGAAGUACCAAACCAAAUAUUACUUGUAAAUGUGACUGACUUUAGGCUUGUCAUCAGGAACGCGGGUGGAGUGAAACAGCUUUAAGGAGCAUAGAGCCAAUCAAAGCAUGAGCAGAGCGGGAGGGCAGCCCGAUUUUUUUGGGGUCUGUUCUCUUCUCGCGCUGCAGGCUGUUGCAUCGGUGGGAUGCUGCUGGUGUAGAGCAGGAGUUCAGCGUCAGGAGCACAAGCAGGUGAUGCCUUUUUGCGGUGAAUGGCGGCAUUUGUUGUCGCACCGCUGAUGGCGGCUCGGCACGUGCCCGGGCGUGGGAAAGGCAGAUGCUGCUUGUCCACGGAAGCAGCACGUGCCAGAGUUCCCUGCCCCACGUGCAGCGGCUUCUGUUGAUAGCGGGGCACGGAGCCUCAGGAGUGAGCGGUCGCUUAAGAGUUCGAUAUUCACAAAGCACCACCGUUGUUGGACGUAGGCAAGGAUUUUAGCACAAGAAUGUUAGGUGAGAAUCGUUCAGCACGUGGAAAAGGAGACUGUGCUUGAGGACUGCGUGUACGGCUGGUUUUAUCCUAGCGCAUAGCGUACAAGUCAUUAGAUCUCAAAAGUCUAAAUUUUCUGUGUUUAGGCAGCAAAAUCCUCCUGAAAUGAUGUCCAAAUUCUUCCUAGAAUGGCCCGAGCACUUUAUAGAGAUGGUCUGAACCACGUUACCCUCCUUUUGCAGAUGAGCACACUAAGGGCCAGGGAGAAGCACCUUCUCCAGCGUGGCCCAGCAGGUCGGUGUAGUUGAGAACGAACCCUCCGGGGUCCCUGUACAGUCUCUCGUCGAUAGCCAUACUGCCUCCCUGCAGGGAGGACAGGCCACGGGAAAAGUGCUUGGUACCCGUCACAAGCGGUGACUGUCUUCAUGGUGGUGAAAUCUUGGGGGAGUCUCAAAGUGCGAAGCCCUGGAACAGCAUCGCGAAGCUGGCUGGCAUGGUUAUCAAACACUUUUUCUCAAGAAUCUUACUGUUCUUAAGCUGUUGGUUUUUUUUUUUUUCCCUUGUAUUUUUUCUUUUUUUUGUCCAAAGAUCAGCUAUUUUUCUGAAGGCUUUUAACCCCUUCUUUUCACAUCCUGUGUCACAGCCACCUUUAGUUCUAAGGGAGAACUAAACGAGGUGGCCUCUGGCUCCCUGCUGAGCCACAGCGGUCACUGCGCAGCACAAGGGCUCUUCUCCGAGCUGGAUCCCAACAUGUUUUCUCUGGCAACAGAUCUGUCAACUUCAGCGCAGGGGAAUAUUUUCAGAUGGAUUCUGAUUUAAUGUUCUGUAUCUCAGUGCUAAUCUGACUUCCUCCGUAUUUUUUUUUCCUAUUAAAACAUAUCCUUUAGCUGCUCUGAAAAAUACCUGGUUUAGCUUUAUUUAACUGAAACUUGCAUUGCUCAAACUGGCAUUUUUAAAAGAUAGGUAUAUUAUAUAAUACACAUAUAUUUAACAGAAAAACCAAACCAACCAAACCAAAAGAAGGGUUUUAACUGAGUUAACACUAAAGGUCACGGCUGUCCCUCAGCCUAACGCUUUCCUGAAUCAUACCGAGUGCUUUUAGCCGGUCUUCGCUUCAGUGCAUUUUUGCUGGUUUGUUUUAGUACUUCCUCAUUGUGAGAAGAUGGAUUAUUUUGUAAUGUUCGAUUCAGCGAUGCAGCUAUUUAGACAUGGCGUUAUUUAUAAAUAUAAAUAUAUGCAGUACAUUGGUUUGGCUGUUGAUCAUUCACGACACUGACAUGUAGAUUUUACCGUAAAUAGCUUUUGGUUAUCUUCUCAAACGCUGACUUCCUUACGCUCCAAAGAGGAUUCUCCGCUCCUUUGGGUUUUUGUCAUACAUGUUUCUUCUGUAUCACAACCUAAAAUCGUUAAGCUAACUUAAUGCUUUGUACUCAGAAAUAUUGUGAUAGUCUUAGCAUUAAUUAGCCUAUCUUCGUGAACAAAAUGUAUUGUACCGGGUUUUGGGUUUUUUUUUGCUUCAGAGCUGGACUAUGGGUGACUCCACUUCCUGGCAGUGUACUUCUGGUCACGGUAACGGACUGGGCUGAUCUUGACUCUUAGAUUCUGUGUCGUGGGGAACAGACAGUGAUGAAUGUAUUUCUAGCAGUUCCCCAUGAAUGAGUCUAAACUUGAGCUGUACUGGUUCUGAAAAUGAAAGUUAUUUAUUUUGAGAAAUAAAAUCCAGAUAGUGUUGCUUUUUACAGCAUAAUAAAUGGAAAUACCCAGG